AUGGUCGAAUUCCUGCAGAAGUCUGCAGUAGAACUUAAGGGUUAUCGGACUUUGACGACUGCCAAAGGCACUCUUGGACUCAUAACAUUGGGAGACGAUGUAUUUGUCUGUGUUGCGACUGGAAGUCGAGAGGUAGCUACUGUUCGACCAGGCGAGACGGUCCAACAAAUAGUCGCGGUAGAGUUUUACUGUCUCAACAGAUCAGACUACGACCACGCCGGCGGCUAUGGUGCAGGUUACAGGGACGGCUAUCGUGAGCCUAAUCCUUAUUCAAAUACCUUGUUCGAGGAUGAGCACAGCUACGAGUCAAGCGAAACAAUUGCUGAACAUCCCUUCAUGGCGUUGAAGAAGAUACUGAGCAGUGGUUCGUUCUACUAUAGCUACAACUUUGACUUGACCAGGAGACUGCAGGAUCGAGCUGAUGCAGAUACAGCAGUAGAUAUCGCAAGUUUGGACGAAGGCCUUCUGUGGAACAGCUACAUGAUCAACCCACUACUAUCGUUCCGUAGUCGGCUCACAGACGAGGAAAGAGGAGCGCUAGACCACUCGUCACUUCUGACCAGCGUCAUACGUGGCUAUGUCGGCACCCUUACAGUACCACAAAGUGCGAAUCCAAUCAGAUCGGUAAAGUCAAACUACCCUGCCACCUUGACUCUCAUAUCGCGACUAUCCUCAAGGCGAGCAGGUACAAGGUUCAACGCAAGAGGCGUCGAUGAUGAUGGAAAUGUUGCCAAUUUCGUGGAGACCGAGACGAUAUUUUGGUCACCAACUGGCAUCUGUUUCUCUUAUGUCCAGGUUCGGGGUUCCAUUCCUAUCUUUUGGGAGUCGUCCUCCACGUUGAUUCCAGGACAGCAGAAAAUCCAGAUCACAAGAAGCCCAGAGGCUACUCAAUUGAGCUUCGACAGGCACUUCGACAACCUCAUACAUCGCUAUGGAAUCGUUCAUGUGGUCAACUUACUCAGCGAAACCAAGCCUGGAGAAGUUGAGCUGACAGAGCGUUACAAUCUUCACAUGACUAGAAAUGCAAAGAUGAAGCUCGAAAUAGAGGAUAAGCCUGAAGGUGCAAGAUCUGACCUUAUUCGCAAGACGGAGUUCGACUUUCACGAAAUUUCAAGAGUAGCUGGUGGUUAUGAUGGCGCGAAGCAAAUCAAGCCGCUCAUUUCAGAAAGUGCUGAAUCCUUUCUCUAUUUUUUAACACAAGAAAUCGAGGACGAAGUCAAUGACGCCGCAAACAAGGGGCAAAUACACAAGAAGAUUUACAGACCUGUAAUGGUCAUGCAGCAAACAGGUAUCUUCAGAACAAAUUGUCUUGAUUGCCUGGAUCGCACGAAUCUGGUGCAAGGAAUUAUCUCUCAAACAGCACUAGAACUCUUUCUUGAGCAUCGUGGAGAGAUUGCUCACAGUUCCAACUUAUCAGUGUUCUGGAUGCGGCAUAGUUCGUUAUGGGCGGACAAUGGUGAUGCGCUCUCGAAGAUCUACGCCGGUACUGGUGCAUUGAAAUCAAGCUUUACCCGCCACGGCAAGAUGAGCCUAGGAGGUUUGAUGGCUGAUGCGAGGAAAUCAGCGACCAGGCUAUAUGUCAAUCACUUUGAGGACAAGGGCAGACAGAACACCACCGACCUCCUUCUUGGUCGUCUUGUGGGUCAAGAAGAAGUGGAAUUGUUCGAUCCAGUCAGCGACUGGGUACAGGAACGCCUGAGAUCAAGAGCUAAUGACUUCGAGUCUUCAGAAGUAAUCCGUUUAUGGGUAGGUACAUACAAUCUAAACGGCAAGAUGCUACGUGAUGCAUCGGAACUACGCAAAUGGCUCGAUGUCCGCAAAGGCGAAGGAUUCGAGAUUGUUGUGGUUGGCUUUCAAGAGAUUGUUGAGCUCUCACCUCAGCAGAUCAUGAACACGGAUCCGGCACGACGCACAGUAUGGGAGCAAGCAGUCAAGGCAACAAUCAACGAGACGUCUUCGGAAAAAGCGGAUGAACAAUAUAUCCUUCUUCGAAGUGGCCAGCUUGUAGGGGCAGCAUUAAUGGUCUUCGUCAAGAGCUCCGUGCUCUCGAAAAUCAAGAAUGUCGAAGGAGCGAUCAAGAAGACCGGUGUGAGUGGACUGGCAGGAAAUAAAGGCGCAGUAGCGAUUCGAAUGGAAAUUCAAGGCAGCUCUGUCUGUUUUGUCACUGCUCACUUGGCAGCAGGUUUUGGAAACUACGACGAAAGGAACCGAGAUUAUCAGACCAUCAUAACAGGUCUACGAUUUCAACGCGAUCGCAAGAUUGAGGAUCACGAGGUAGUGAUUUGGCUUGGCGAUUUCAAUUAUCGAAUUGGAACGAGACCGGAGUAUGCUCGAGAUCUGAUCGAUACGUAUAGGCAGGCGAAUGGUCAGGGCCUGAAAGCAGUAAAUGCCUUACAUGAUUUGUAUAAGGACGAUCAGCUGAAUAUCCAGAUGGUGGCAGGCCAAACAUUUCCCUUCUACCAGGAAGGCGCGAUCAAAUUCUUACCCACCUACAAAUUCGAUCUUGGUAACGACAAUUACGAUACUAGCGAGAAAGCAAGAAUUCCAGCUUGGACGGAUCGGAUCCUAUACAAGAUUGACCCGACGAAAGGAACAGAUAUGAGACAGACAGAGUAUACCAGUGUUAUGAACCUCAGGUUCAGCGAUCAUCGUCCUGUAUACUCGACUUUUAAUGUCCAGGUUAGGGUCGUAGACGAGCAGAAGAAAGGUGAAAUCCUGAAAGAGCUUUAUGCGAAGCGUUACCGCCAGCUGAGAGAAGAUAUUGAAGACGAUGAGAGUGACAGUGAUGCCGAUGACUUGGUAGGAUACCAAAGUAUUGCGCCUGGAUUGCCGCCUGCAAGCAGUGAUAGGAGAAAGUGGUGGCUAGAUGGAGAUAAGCCGGUGGCGAGCAAGGUCGUCCCUCCGGAAGAAGGAAUGAAACUCAAUCCAGACAGAAAUGGAAACCCCUGGCGUGAAGGUGGUGAAGACGAUUGGGUCCUGGUAGAAGAACUAGAAACGAAGGAGAGGAACAAGAAAGAAGCCAAGUCGAAGCCAGAACCGCCAGCGCCGAGAAAGGCCAAGAUUCCUCCUUCUGUGUCUAUCGUCAGUAACGACACUAACGAGGAGAGAAACAAGACGCCUCCUCCCAAGCCACCUGCACCGAGAGGUUCAAGCAGCAGGGCAGCAACACUAACUCAAAGCUCGAACAUGGCAGGUGCGUGGCCACAAUCUCGCAAUCUCAUCAGCAAAAAUCCCCUCAAGAGCCGCAUCGCUAUCCAAAAGCAGCGCAGUCCCUCCUCGUCGACCCAUAAAACCAUCAGCACUGUCCUCACAGCCAACCAGCUCAAGCGUCGCCAGCACAAGCAGCAACAACACCGAAAGCCCACGCGUGAGAGCAAUCUCACCAAGAGCAGAACCAGACCUCGAAACCGCUUCGCCAACUCCGUCGCUACGAAGUCAACUGACAUACACAAGCGCAAACAGCAAUCAUCCUCCACCGCCCAUGAAACCAACACGUCUCUCCUCGAUCAGAUUACCCUCCUCCACAACAAGUGGUGCUUAUCCAUCUUCUACAAACGAUGA